UAUAACUCUUUCUCGCUCCCACUUGCAGGAUAGUAUGUGGAUAAACCUUGAUAUUUUAAUAAUAAAACUACCGUGAGACACUGACAUGUUAAACAUGUAAAAUCGGGUAACUCACGUAAAAUUGUCGAAGGUCGCUCGACGUGUUUCGCUCCGUAACAACUGAAAUGACAAUUAUGCCGAAAGUGAGGGUAGUUUCGCACCGCCCCUGCCGCCGUCGACCUCCGCGCCGAGGCAAUGGUCGCAGCGAGCUGCGGCCGCAGUCUGCGUCGGGAUACCAUCGGUAUCGCGCGUGCUCAAUGCUCAAAUUAUUUUUUGAUACCCAUAAUCAUUAUCAUACCAUCAACAAGAAGUGACGUGUUUAAUGUGAUUUGGCGAUUAUAUAUUUGCCAUAUUUAAAAUGCAGGCUCCAUAUAGUGAAAGAUGGGAGAGAACAAAGCGGUACUUACUACGGAACUUCCUGGUAAACCCCGGUUUCCAACUAUCCCCCAUCCCGGAAGAGGACCGUUCGUCGCCGGACGGCGAAAGCUUGCCGGACCUGAUCGUGGAGCCGGCGCCGAACCGCCACGACCACGCGCCGGACUUUUACGACGCUCUCGAGCGAAGGAUGCGGCGGUACUACCGGCAGCUCUUUCUAGGAGAAGAUGAGAGCGAAGACAGCAGCUCCGACUUUGAAGUAAAUCGAAGUAUGUCCAGCACUUUCAUCAACACCAGGAAAGAUGUAACAAGAAAUGAUAUAAACAUAGAUUCUGAUCAAGAUGUUUCAAUAACUAAUGAAAAUCAACCAAUAAUUGAGAAUGAAGACGAUUUACAAGAAAAAGAUACCAGUGAACUAAUAACCUGCGCGUCUAGUCAUACAUCUAUUGAUGAUUUAAAUAAGUCUUCAACUGUAGAAGACAAAGUAAUUAAUAUACAAAUUGAAAACUAUGAUAGAAUAAACUUAACAAAUGAAGUGAGAUACGAGUCUUCUGAUGAUAUUACUAAAAUCAGACGUGAAGAAUCUGAAACUAUUGAAAAUAAAUCAGUUGAAGAUGACUCAACGGAACAAUGUCAUAGAAUAUCGACAACAGUAGCACAGAUACACGGAUCGCCUGCAAGAGCUUCUGUUCAGUUUGACAGCGGGAGCCCAGUGCUGACCCCUCGGGUGCUACAAUUCGGGAGAACAGUAUUUGGAUCUGGAUUUGCUUCAAGGUUAUCUGGGCAGAGCGUGAAUGUUUUGAACACUUCUGGUCAAAAUAUUGACCGCGUUCCAACAAAAACAGCUGAAGAAUCAAAUAUACAAGAUAUAACAAUCGUAGAACCAGAUACAGAAGUGCAAAAACUACUAACAGACAGUGAACUUACAAGAAUUAGUAUAGAUAAAACAUUUAUCACUGCAGUACACACAGGAACGGAUCAUAAUCAAGAAGAUGUCCUUGAGAAGAGAGAGAAUAUAAAUACUGAAGAUGAUUUUCAAGAAAAUGAACGUGAAGAAGAUAACGAAUCAAACCAAGAUGAAGCUGAAAUAACAGAUAUAGGUAAUGAAUCUAUUGAGUGGAAUAAAGAUGGAGUAGACGAUGACGAAGAUGGGUUCGACUUCGCUAUUAGAAAAGGAGAGUUUGCUCGCAAAGCACGUCAUCUAGUUUUCCGUACUUCAGAUUCUUUUGAGAAUUUAGAGCCUUUCGCUCAUAGUACAGAGAAUUUUGAUAAUGAAGAAUUUGAGCCAGUUGAGGAGAUGAGAGAAGCUCAAGGGUCUGGAGCUAAUGAGUCCUGGCACGGAGGGGCAGAUCAGACAAGUCCUGCGUUGGCAUUUGAAACCAAGACAAGUGCAGAAAGACUUGAAGAAUGCUCCGACACUGAAAUAAGCGCAUCUACAGAAGAUGAAACCGUAGAAGACAACAUUCAAAAUCUCAACUACGCUCGUGUAGAUGAUUUCUGGUCAGUAUCGUCCGUAGAAGUAGAUCUCGAUAAUUCAAAUGAUAAUAGUUCAAAAAGAAGAUCCGAUUCAAGUGACGACUUACCGUUGAGAAAAAGGAAAAAAGAUAUGACGACGCAAACUGGUUUAGAAGAGAAAUUGCAAUGGGAGAGUGUAAGGAAAGAUCUUUUUGUAGGUUUACCGCUUGUGUUGAGGCUGUGUAGGUGCCAAGAUCAUGUUUGUUCUUGAUUUUCUGUUGAUUGUGUUUGCCCCACGGCGAUUGGCGUGUACGCUAUUAUUAAUAACGAUUCGUAAUAGUGCGGUGUAGCGUUGUGACGUUGUGUCGUGGCUCGAGACGAUGUCGUGUAACGUUGUGACGUCGUCUCGUGCACGAGACGAUGUAGUGUAACGUUGUGACGUCGUGUCGUGGCGAUGCGAUGUAGUGUAACGUUGUGACGUCGUGUCGUGGCGAUGCGAUGUAGUGUAACGUUGUGACGUCGUGUCGUGGCACGACGCGAUGUAGUGUGUAACGUUGUGACGUUGUGUCGUGACACGAGACGAUGUCGUGUAAAGUGUUGAGGAAUGAUUACGUAAUUAAGUAUCUAAAAGGUAUAUGUCAAAUCAAGAUAAUGAUUAUGUAGGACAAAGUUUUGGUAUAUGUGUAUGAUUAUAUUUUGUAUU